AUGUCAACUCAGUUCUUUGCUAAGACAUCAACAGAAAUAAACCUGUUCCAGGGAUAUCCUACUUUCGAUCAAUUGACGAGAGAUGAAGCAGAAAGAAUCCAGGUUUCGCUUUUAUCGCCGUGCGGGAGGUUCAUGGCGCUCUCCACUUCUGAUGCGGUCCAAGUUUUCACAGGCGUUGAGUUUUCGCAUUUACUACUGAAAGUGAGUUUAAAGGAUGUUUAUGACCUACAUUUCUCGCCAUCGGGCAAUUUUUUGAGCACUUGGGAAAGGCCAUCGAUCUCGGAACCAGAUCACAAGAACGUCAAAAUCUGGGACCUGAAUCUCGAAACGCCUCCUGAGACUCCCAGUUAUGCAUACCAGGCCAAAGUCCAAAGCGGCUGGGUUUUGCAGUUCAGUAAGCUCGACAAUUUCGCAUUGAAACAAUUUGGCAAGGAAAUUAGAAUCGUGAAAAUAGAUUCCAAAGAUAACACAACGUUCAACUUCGACAAGCCUUUCAGCAAAUUGAUCCCCGAACAGCAUAUUUCGAGCUUCUUAAUUUCACCAUCUGAGUUCCCUACGAUUUGCACAUUCUCACCUGAAAAAUCCGGUAAACCAGCGGUUUUGAGUAUUUAUUCCAUCGCAGAGGGUAUCACUGAUAAAAAAAUUGCGUCCAAGACUUUUUUCAAAGCCGACUCCUGUCAACUCAAAUGGAACCCUCUAGGUAAUGCCGUAUUAUGCAUGGCUAUCACGGAUUUCGAUUCGUCAAACAAAUCUUAUUAUGGUGAAAACACUCUUUACCUGUUAUCAUUCCAAGGCGCCAACGGCUCUUUAGGAGGAAAGUCCGUCCGUGUACCACUAUCAAAAGAGGGACCAAUUCACGACUUCACUUGGUCUCCAACUUCAAGACAAUUUGGUGUCAUUUACGGUUAUAUGCCAGCUACGAUAACGUUCUUCGAUUUAAGAGGUAACGUUGUGCAUUCUCUGCCCGAGCAGCCCAAAAAUACCAUGCUGUUUUCGCCAUCAGGCAGAUACAUUUUGAUAGCAGGGUUCGGUAAUUUGCAAGGGUCGGUUGAAGUGUUGGACCGUCACGACAAAUUCAAGUGCGUUACUAAAUUUGAUGCAGCGAACACUUCCGUAUGCAAAUGGUCCCCAGGUGGUGAAUUCAUUUUGACUGCCACCACAUCCCCAAGACUUAGAGUUGAUAACGGACUCAAAAUUUGGCAUGUUACUGGAACUUUGUGUUUUGUCAAGGAAUACAAAGAGCUACUAAAAGUCGACUGGAGACAUCAAAUUUCUCCCAAGCUAGAGGAAAGUCAUGUCAUCAAUAGCGUUGCGAGCUCGAAUGAGGAGCCGUUUACUGACCCUAAGUUGGGCAAAAUCGACGUUCAAAUUCACCCUUCUGCUACUGAGUAUAUUUCAAAACGCCUGAAAAACGGAUCCUCCGCAGGAACAGCCAGCAAACCAGCGGGCGCGUACAGACCACCCCACGCUAGAAGAGCCGGUGGUGCUCCUACAGUUCCUGGGGCUGCUAUUAGACCAGCGAAGGGCAUUCCAGGAAUGGCAAGUGGUAUUCCGGGAGUAUCUGGCAAAGAGUCGAAAGCUUCUGCCAAGAACAAAAAGAAAAGAGAAAACAACAAAAAGGAAGACUCUCCGGACUCCAGUACCGUUGGCGAAGGUGCUACUAUAGACGCAGUCGAAACACCAAAAGUCAACAAAGAGGCUUCGCCUGAAGAGAAAAAGAUUCGUUCUCUACUUAAGAAAUUGAGAGCCAUCGAGGCUCUUAAACAAAAACAAAUGUUGGGAGAAACCCUAGAGGACACGCAAAUUCUAAAGAUCCAGUCUGAGGACAAAGUUUUGAAAGAAUUGGAUUUUCUAGGAUGGAAAGAUGACGACGCAUAG